AACAGCCGCCCCGGCGCCACAGCGACACCACGGCGACAGUCGCGCCCGGCACCCGGCAGAGGCCGGGCCUCCGCCCGGCUCGCUGCCGCCAGACCUCCUCCUUCACUCGCUCGCUCGGCUGAGAACGAGGGGACUGUCAUAUCAAAGCGGACGCCAGGGGGAGCACGACAACCGCCUUCCAACGACCGACUCCACCGAGCCGCCGUACCCCGGAUCGGCGCGCGCCGGCCGGCUCAGAGCUCCGGAGACACAGAACACGGAAACAAAUCGCCUCACUCCCCACCGCCACGCACCGAGAGGCACAACCUAGGUCAGGACCCGCAGCCGGGUCCUCUCUGCGACCUCACGAGCGACACCAGAGCCACCAGAGACCUAGACCGAGAUCGAGCCGCCGCCGCCGCCGCCGCCGCCGCCGCCGCCGCCGCCGCCGGCGACCAAAGUGAAACCAGGAACCAGGACGGGGUUCGCCCGAACGGAGCGGCCCGAACCCGAGAAAAAGGGAAGCCGGGAUCGGUCCCAAGCAGGAAGGGGCGGCAAAGACGGCAGGCCUGCACCACGAGAGAAAACGAACCGGCCACCCGCACGACCUCCGCCGCCCGUGGCAAGACCCCCACCCCCGCCCAACAUGGCCAGAAAAGGGCAAAUGGAAACCAGAAAGAAAGAAAGAAAGAAAGAAAGAAAAAACUCCCAAAGAUGGGUCGGCUCCAGCAAGAGACGAGCCCUCGGGAGGCACCCCGCUCACUUGUGAAAGUCCACUGCUCGCCCGCCCCACAACACACUCCCUCCCCUCGCACCCACCCGCCACCCCUCACAGGAUUCGGGGCACGAGGCGAUGAAUCUAAACCCUACACACAGGUGUUGGAGGGUAGCGGCAUCAUCACUCACACGCCUGUGGUGGAGGACCUGGACCUGGGCGUGGCGGUGCACA